UGAAAGAGGGCUGUACAUCCUUAUGUAGAGCGUGAUGCGCAUGUGUUCCUACAUAUUGAUCUGUAAACAGCAGCGUGUGUCAGCUUCACACGCAUGGUACUGACACUUGCGUCACCUGGUGAUGGAUUAUAGCAUCAGAGGAGUCCUAUGCGGAGCAAGGACCCAUUUGGCUGUUUUUAUGUGAGGACGUGGGAACGUCAACCUGAAUGCAGCGCUCAUCGCGAAACAGCCGCUCUCCCUGGCCAUCCUCCUCCCUCUCCUCUCCUCUACUCCUCCACGGAGGUAAUCCUUGCUGACACAAGGCACAAAAGACUAAAUGCUGGCUGCAUCCUCCAGCAGCAGGGCUCUCUCCUCAUCCUCAUCUCCUCAUCAUGGCCAGGCUGUUCGCUAGCACAGCAGGAUGCUAUUUCUCUAAGACUGCUUAAUACUGUCGAUCUCAUCUCUGGAAUACCGGCCUGGCUGCCGUCCUCCUCCGCCCCCUGUAUCUCCUCCUCCUCCUCCUCCUUGGCCAGUUCAUUCAGGGAGCACAUCAGCACAGGACUUCAGCCCGGAGGAGGCAUUUUUUGUAUUAUUUUUUAUCUUGAUGGAAUCUGGUUGGAUUCUGGUAGGACCGCUGGUUCCUUUUUUUUUUUUUCAGCAUCUGAUGCAUUUACUUAGCAGGACGUAGGAGCUUCCUCCUCUUCUUCCCUAUUUUUUUACAUCUCCGUUUUCACCCUGCUGCACAUCACUAAACAAGCAGUCACCCCUGAACUGUUCCCUGAAACCCCCCUGGUGCCGUCCCUGCCUACCAUAUCUUCGGCACGAUCCAGCUCCGUCCCUCAGAAGCCUCGGAGGCCCAGUAACAGCGGUUCUGACGGUGCUGCCAGGCCCCGGCCGUUGCGCUCAGCCCCCAGGCCAGGCCCCAGCAGAGGCAGCAUGGAGGUGGGCAUGCGCGUGGUGCGUGGCCUGGACUGGAAAUGGGGAAACCAGGAUGAUGGAGAGGGCCAUGUAGGCACUGUGGUGGAGAUCGGGCGGCAGGGCAGCACCACCACGCCGGACAAGACAGUGGUGGUGCAGUGGGACAGCGGCACACGGACCAACUACCGCACUGGCUACCAGGGUGCCUAUGACCUGCUGCUUUAUGACAACGCUCAAAUCGGUGUGCGCCACUCCAACAUAAUCUGCGAUAGCUGCAAGAAGCACGGCAUCAUGGGAAUGCGAUGGAAGUGCAAAGUGUGCUUCGACUACGAUUUGUGCACCCAGUGUUACAUGAACAACAAGCAUGACCUGGGCCAUGCCUUUGAGCGUUACGAGACAGCACACUCCCAGCCAGUGAGCUUGGCACCGAGGCAGAACCUUCCGCGGAUCAUCCUCAAAGGAAUCUUCCAGGGGGUUAAAGUGGUUCGUGGACCCGACUGGGACUGGGGAAACCAAGACGGCGGGGAGGGUAAGGUUGGGAAGGUAGUGGACAUUCGCGGCUGGGACACAGAGUCUGGUCGCAGUGUGGCCAGUGUCACCUGGUCUAAUGGCACCACCAAUGUCUACCGAAUGGGACACAAAGGCAAAGUAGACCUCAAGUACGUGUCUGACGGCCAAGGAGGAUUCUAUUACAAAGACCACCUACCCAAACUAGGGGAGCAUGCAGAGCUGCAGCGUCAGGAGAGUGCUGACGGCCACUCCUUCCAGCAGGGGGACAAGGUCAAAUGUCUCUUGGAGGUGGACAUCCUGCGACAGAUGCAAGAGGGGCAUGGAGGCUGGAACCCCAAAAUGGCAGAGUACAUUUGCCGGAUCGGGACUGUUCACAGAAUCACUGACCGAGGAGACGUACGAGUCCAGUACAGCAACAACAUCCGCUGGACUUUCCAUCCUGGGGCCCUCACCAAGGUGAACACUUUUGGAGUUGGAGAACUAGUAAGAGUGCUGGAGGACAUGGAGAGUGUGAAGAGACUGCAGGCCGGCCAUGGAGAGUGGACAGACAGCAUGGCUCCUGUGCUCGGCCAGGUCGGAAAGGUGCUAAAAGUUUAUGCAGAUGGUGACCUUCGGGUGGCGUUUGGUGGUCAGACAUGGACGUUCAACCCAGCGUGCCUCUCAGCCCAGCCUGUGGAGGUGGACGCCAACCUCAUGACAGCUGAGAACCCCAACGAUUCUGGAAGUACUGUCAUCUCAGUGUUGGAGAAGCUGCUGUCUCAGUCCACGGAGCAGGACAAUCCCAGCCGGCUGGUGAUUGAGGCAGCACACGGCAGUGCCAACAAAGUGCGGGAGUUGGUGCAGAAGUAUCCUGACAAGGUGGAUAUAAAGAACCAGGGCAAGACCGCACUGCAGGUCGCUGCCCACCAAGGCCACAUGGAGGUCGUGAAGGCCCUGCUGCAGGCCAACGGCUCCAUCGAAGUCAAGGAUGAAGAUGGAGACACGGCAUUGCACUACACUGCCUUUGGUAAUCAGGCAGAGAUCGCACGGCUGCUGUUAAGCAAAGGGGCAAAUGUCAACCUACUGAACAACUCCAUGUGCACGGCGCUCCACAUUGCCGUAAACAAGGGCUUCACAGACGUGGUGCGUGUGCUGACUGAACACUCGGCUGAUGUCAACCUUCAGGAUUCAUAUGGGGACACACCGCUCCAUGAUGCCAUUGCGAAAGAUUUCCGCAAUAUCAUCGAGAUCCUGGUGUUGGUGCCAAACAUUGACUUCACCCAGCAGAACCACAGAGGCUUCAACCUGCUGCACCACGCUGCCCUCAAAGGAAACAAACUGGCCACAGAGAAGAUCCUGGCCCGGGCGCGGCAGCUGGUGGACGUUAAGAAGGAGGAUGGAUUCUCUGCACUGCAUCUGGCUGCCCUCAACAACCACCGUGACGUCGCCGAGAUCCUCAUCAAGGAGGGACGCUGCGACAUCAACAUCCGCAACAACCGCAACCAGACGCCGCUGCAGCUGGCGGUCACGCAGGGCCACACCGAGCUGGUGCAGCUGCUGGUGACCGAGGGCGCCGACGUCAACAUGGAGGACGAAGACGGCGACACGGCCAUGCACGUUGCCCUCCUCCGCCCGCAGCUGGCCAACGUUAUGCUCAGCCCGCCCGUGGGAACCAGCAGCACGGAGGAGAGCAGUGAGGGCUGCUCCUCCACAUCGCUCUACUGCAGGCUGAAUGCUUCAGGUCUUCUGGGGAACACCGAGCUGAGCGUCGGCGCCGGGAUUGCUUGUUUUCUAGCGCAGGAAGGAGCUGACAUCAACUAUGCCAACCACAAGGGCAAGAGCCCCCUGGACCUGGUGGCAGACAGCACCAUGAUGCAGCUCAUCAAGAGCUUCUCUGAGAAACACAGGUUGCAGCGUCUACAGGCCAUCACAUGUGGACAGGGCCUGAGCAGCGCGAGCCUUCGGAGGGUCCACACUACACCAAACACCAUGACAAACCUGGUUCUUCCCACACCGCCGGGGCCCAGUGAAUGCCUCAUCUGCUCCGAGCUGGCACUGCUGGUUCUCUUCUGUCCCUGCCAGCACAGCGUGGCCUGUGAAGAGUGUGCCCAUCGAAUGAAGAAAUGCAUCAAAUGCCAAGUCACAAUCACCAAGAAAAUUAGACAAGACCAAACAGAGGUGGACGUCAGCCCUGGCACCGAAAACUCAGAGCAGCACAACCUGCUGGAGCAGCUGCAGUCUCGCUACCGGCAGAUGGAGGAGCGAAUCACCUGCCCCAUCUGCAUCGACAACCACAUCAAGCUGGUCUUCCAGUGCGGACACGCCUCCUGCAUUGACUGCAGCGCCGCGCUAAAGACCUGCCCCAUCUGCCGGCAGACCAUCAGAGAGCGCAUACAGCUAUUCGUCUGAGCUUCUCUGUCCUCUCAGAUCUUACACACCCAAAGAGGAUGUCAGAGUGGGGAGAAGUGGGAGGGGCAACUGUUACAUUUGAAGACACAGUGACCUUUAUCUGCCUGUCACACCCUCCUGCUCACCUGCCUCAGCUCUCAUUAAUCAACUUUAUUCAUGACCCUGUGUUACAUCUCUAAGAGUCCACUGUUACAUUAUCACAAGUUUCCCUCUUGAUCAGCACAGACAGGAACUUGUCGAUAAAUUCUAAAGUAGUUUUCAGCGUCAGAACUGAUGUUCCGCCGAGCCCUGAAGGGAAGCAGACGAGGGGAAGUUUCGAGGUGAUGCUGCCACUUUGAAAACUCUGAUCGGUUAGCUGGAAGAAAUUAAGGUCCUUCUAUUCUUCUUUCCCUUACGCCCGCUCAGCCUCCACCUUCUGUGAUCUGUCCUCUCUUUGCUGCUUUAAGUGGAUGUCUGUUACCCAUCAUCCUCUCUGGCUGUCUGGCCUCCUCUGUUUACAAGGCUGCGCAAAGUCAGUCCCUGUCUCCUCGGCCCGUCCCGUGAAUUAUGUUUGCUCUCAUUUGUACCAAUCUCUUAAUAAUCAGUGUUAGUCUCUGCAGAGGGAGUUGGCAUAACUAAAGGCUCUCUAUAUAGUCCCCAGCCACUCGCCUGUAUGCAAGGGGAAAUACACACUAUAUAUGCAUGAAGAUAUGCAUAUUGUAAAGCUGAAAAUGACCGUGUCGUCAUGGGUGGUUUGUCGUCGUCAGUGUUUUAUUUCUCUCUGGUUACAUUUGUGAUUUUUAUUGUACCCAUAAGUACAACUUUUUAUUUAUGUGUGAAAGGUGGUGUUGCGUAGUAAUGUCCAUUUUUUCAGUUGUUGUUUGCUUGGCAAAAAUACUUUUGUUUGUACUGAAAUUCACCCCAAGCCUAUGUCCUCUACUCAGGGUAUCAAACCAUUGAAAGCACUUGUGAUAUCCAUAAAAGGUUAAUGACCACACCCACCGUAAGAAACAGGAAGCAUAUCAGAGUGGAUAUAGGAUUGUUUUAGUGAAGAAAAGGUCGAAAAAAUGUGUGCAAAGUCACUCAAAUUAUCCGCAGAAACAGUCAGUCCAACAUUCAAAAUAUCAUUCGUAUUAGUGAGAUGAAUGUUUGCAGGAGAGUUUCUGCAACCAAACGGACAUUUUACACACAAAGCAACAUGAAAUCAAAGCAUCCCAGAUCCAGCAGUUAGCUCUUUUCUGUUGUGUUGAAUUUUAAAAAGAGAGCAUUGUGUUGGUUCGCUUGUUUGACCACCGUCUGUCGGGUGUCGAGACCAAAACCAGCACUGGGUUUAAAGGAGGAUACCAUGUUUUUGUGUUUGAUUCACCAGAUGUAUUGUAAAAUGUAGAAUCAGAAGGGCAAAAACAUGACGUAGUUGUGUUGCACCUCUAGUUCCACGUCUGCUCGAGUCGUGUCAGAAACCCUCUCCUUCUCUCCUCUCUAGUUCUGGAUUGUACAUCAUCAUCCUUUCUAAUGUUUUGAUGUGUUUUCUUGAAGGGCUUAUGCAUAAAAGAAAAUAUACUAUUUUAAUCUUUAUUUAAUUUUUAUUUUCUAUGAUAAACUUCCAGAGACAGGAGGGGUUGGGGUUUUUUUUGUCAUUUUUUUCCCAAAUUUUGGGAGAGCCAAUGUUAAAGAUGUACAUUUGAAUGUCUGGGAAAAAAUGUAUCCUGUCUCACUCUGCCUUUUUUAUGUGUAAAGAUAAAAAGAUGUAAGAAGCUGGAGGUGGAGCGGCUGAGAGGUGUUUACCACAAGGUUUACUUUGAGGAAAGAACUUUUACAUCAGUGCCAAAUCGCAUGAGGAUGUGCAUGGGCAUGCACGCCCGAAUUUAUCUACACACAACUUAGCUCAACCCCUCCAUGAUCAAAAGAGGGUACAGUUAUUCCAGCAGUGUUAAGGAAACUAAACUUAAACAUUCACAUUUCGUUUAGUUUGAAAUCAGAGGUUUUAAUGUCAGCACACCUGGUUCCUGGUGUUAGCAGUGAAGCUAAUGGUGUUAGCAUCCUAACUUUAGCUGUAGUGCUCUGAACCUCCUCAUGACCUCAGUGACGAGUGAUGCAACAUUCACUUUGAGAGUAUUACCAGUCCUAUAUUGUUUGGAGCUUUUUACAAGUAAAUAUAUUUAUAUUUUAUGAGACAUUAUCAAUCAAGGGACGAGUUUCUUACAUACAAUUCAAACAUUUUAAGGAUUGUGCGAUGGUGUUCAGAGUUUAGAUGGAUUUUCAGGCAAAGGCAAUAAUGUUUCAGAAACCUGGGUAAGAUGUUUGAGUUCUUUCUUUUCUCCCUCUAAAGGAGGCGGCUGUGAGGGCGGGAACCAAUUUAUGUAUAAAAACACGAUAAAAGCAGCAAAUGUUACUCUUGGUGUUUGUACAGUUCAGCUCUUGGAGUUCUGAUGUUGGCCUUACUGUCCAUUCCUCCUCUGUUGAUGUUUUUUCAGUUGUAUUCUGUACAAAAAUAUUUUGCAAUAAAUAUGGAACUGUUUUCUAAGGA